GUUUAUGAGAACAAGAACCAGAACAGCUAGCAAGCAGACAGAGAGAGAGCGAUGUUGCAAUAAUAAUUAUUAGGCUGUCGAUAAAUAGUUAUUUUCCAAGCAAUAUCGAAUAUUAUUGAAUGUAAUUGACACGUUUUUGCAGUGACAAUGAACGAGAUUUUCUCGUAUGAGAGUUUGGUUCAUGCUUUAUCAGGAGCAGUGGGAAGUGUGACUGCAAUGACAGUUUUCUUCCCCCUUGAUACUGCUAGGCUACGGCUCCAGGUGGAUGAAAACAGGAAAGCCAAAUCAACUCCAGCUGUUCUGGCGGAAAUUGUGAAAGAGGAAGGCCUGCUGGCUCCCUACAGAGGUUGGUUCCCCGUCAUCUGCAGUCUGUGUUGUUCCAACUUUGUCUACUUCUACUGCUUUCACUGCCUCAAGGCUGGCUGGCUGAAAGGAAAACAGUCAGCACCAAGUACUGACUUGAUCAUAGGCAUCGCAGCAGGUGUUGUAAAUGUACUUGUCACCACCCCUUUGUGGGUCGUCAAUACCAGACUGAAGCUUCAGGGCUCCAAGUUUCGCAAUGAAGACAUCCGUCCCACCACCUACUCUGGGAUUCUGGACGCAUUUGUGCAGAUCAUCCGUGACGAGGGUGUAGGAUCAUUGUGGAAUGGGACCUUCCCUUCCCUGCUGCUGGUGCUGAACCCAGCUAUCCAGUUCAUGAUUUAUGAGGGCCUGAAGAGGAAGCUGAGGAGAGGCAUUCCCAAGGAGCUGUCAUCACUGGAGGUCUUUGUGAUCGGUGCCAUUGCCAAAGCUGUCGCCACCACUGUUACAUACCCACUGCAGACCAUACAGUCAAUUCUCAGGUUUGGACAGUACAACACGCCAUCAGAGAGGUCAAAGCUGCUGACCAGUCUCAGAACUAUCAAGUGUCUGCUGGUCAACAGGGUGAGGAAGUAUGGCAUGUUGGGUCUUUUUAAAGGCCUCGAAGCCAAGCUUCUGCAGACGGUGCUGACUGCUGCUCUCAUGUUCCUUCUCUAUGAGAAGAUCGCCAGUUGCACCUUCAGAGUCAUGGGACUAAGCAACAACCACUACAAGAGGCGCUAGCUACAAAGACACUUAACCAUCCUGGACACUUGACCACGGUAAAGGACAAAGGAACUGUGUAAAUCAUGGCUGACAGUCCGUAUGAAUGAUGGAGGCUUUAACUCACUGGACACCUGUCACUUUUUUAAAAAGGUGAAUCAACAAUGAUGACCUCACCUUCUUUAAUCCAUUCAAUAAAACAUUACAAACUCAA